AUGUUCCGCAUCGCCCGUCAAGGAGCAUCGUUUCUCAACCCCCCACGGCCCAUCCAUUACAGUACCAAUUUGCACUUACCACGACAUUAUACAGUAUUAUUCAAUCCUUACCCAUUGUUUCUCAUAAUGGAGGAUCCCUUCUUUGAUAAUUUCUCCCCGCCCCGAGCCAACGUCUUCAUAGCCGAGCCCGAAGACGGUGACAUCCCAGAGGGUCUUGUAUCCGCGCGACGACAGAAGUUCUCAAGCCGGCCUUCUAUUCGUGUUACGAGCCGCAAGCCAUCACCAUUAGAGUCCAGGGUGCCAUCUCAAGACCACUCAUUCUUUGGACAGAGUCCAGAGCAAGCCUCCAGAAGCAACAGUCAAGCCCCCAUACCUGCAUUACGUCUGCGGAAGUCAAUGUACCUCACUCCUCCACGAGUAGCCGACCCAGACUCUAUGCAGCUUCGCCAAACCGCUUCGACCGGUCGGCUUCGAGCAAGACCGAGCAGGACGCUCAACCGGCCUCCAAAGAUGCCAAUGGCAUCGAUUUCGGCCUCAUCAAGCCCGCAGAAGCCACGACACUUUUCCAACAACUCCGUUUCCUCCAUUCACUCUUGCGGAACAGAUAUGACAACCUCGACCAUUCGGAAACGCCAUGCUCGGGAUAUCUUUGCAGAAUUUGGCAUCUCUCGUCCGUCGGGAUGGCUCUCUGACGACGAAGAAGAGGACUUUUCGCGUCACCGAGAUGGAACCAACAGCAUUCCCAGGCAUGUUCUCAACACGUGCCAUUCCUGCGGCGCAGAGGUAACUUCUCGCACAUUCUGCUCUACGUGUGGCCAUGCGGUAUGCCCACAAUGUGCCAGCGAAAUACCGGACGAUGGCUCGAUCGACUUUGAGCAUACUGAGAGUAGUCAUCGGAAUGCUGUAACCAGUCAACAUCAUAUUUCGAAGGUAAUAGAGGAGCACAUUCGGUCAUCCUCCAGCCUGGAAACUACAGAGACAUCGAAGAAGAAUCAGAGGACCCCAGCCACCUCGGUCAAUCUCAAUGAGAACCCCUUCAUACUGGCCGACAGGAUGACGAAGAUCACCACGGCCGAACCUCAGAUCACUGACAUGACGGUUGGCGCGGGACAAGCAUCAAGGCUCUCAGAUUGUGUUCCUAGGCAAACGGACUUGAAUACUGCAGAGACACACGGAGAUUACGGGAAUCCAAGGUGCAAUGCCACCCAUGCCGGGCAUCACUCUGGUCGCCACAGUAUUGCAUGCAUUGCCGAGCAGCAAAGUUCAGUAAACAUGGAUGACUCGGAGCCGCUGCGACCACAUCUCCCGCUGGAGGAUCCCGUCCAGAACAAGAUUGACCAAAUGUACCAUCACGCUGAAGAUCUCAGACGUGCACAGCACAUCAUGGAGCACCUGGCCACUGGUUCCGCUGGAAUUUCAGCAAGCAAGCAGAACUCUCAACACACUACUCCCUUUGCACAGCAGACGCAGUUCCGAACCAAAGGUCUUGAUACCAAUCGCGAGAAGUUGAUCAGUUUUGAUGCGGCCAUGGCCGAAAGCAGCGAGCGCGCCAGGGCCUAG